AUGAUCACUCUGUUCAACACUGGCAGCCUGACUGUCAUACUGGUAUGGAUGUCUAUGGAAGUGGGAUCAAUUUACUUAGGCACCUUCAGUGAUAUAAUAGCUGGGUCCCUGAGGAGAAAAAUGAUCAUCUUUGAACAUGUAUAUCUAAACGUGGAGCUCCAGAGUGCUCCUACAUCGCCACAGAGGUUUGUAGAAGGACACGAAUUACACCUAUGGAAAGAGAUAGAUGAUCUGUGCUCAUCCUUUCUCUCUGACAAUCGUCAGCAACAGCCAAGCACUACAUUUGAAGAACUGUGUUAUAUGGCCUGGACAAUUCUACAACAGGAUUCAGAAGAUAAAGGAGAAAGCAAAAGGUUCUUAUUUCAUUAUUCUAAGACCCAUGAUUCUGGCAAUUCUGAUUUUAUGUCCUCUGUCCUGCAUCCUCUGCUGCAGCUUGUCCCUGAGCUUCAUCUGAGAAGAAUGAAGAAAGGCAGAGGUGAUGAUGAAUAUCAAGGACUGGGUUUAAUACCAAGCAGAGGUUAUUUUCUGUUUCGGCCACGAAAUGGAAGGAGCUCGCCUACUUUUCAUUAACAGGAACGUGAACGUCUAUAGGAAUGGUUGAUGCAGAUGCUGAAAAUGAGUUAUGUUAUCAAUAUUUUUAAAACGUCUAUUAUAUGCAUGAUAACUUUAACUACAUGAUUACUGGUUGUUAUUUUCAUAAUGAAUUCACCUCUAAAGAUAAACAUGAAAUGUAUCAAAUGUGAAGUUGUGUUUAUCAACAGAUAGUGUGUAAAUACCACUUUAAGGCUGAUGUAAUGCAAUGCAUGUUACUGAAUUUUCUUUUCACAUUCUCUGUU